AAUUUUCCAUACAUAUUUGUUUAAUCCAUGGUAAUGGAUAUAAUUCCUAGCUUAACGCACAACAUGCCCGAUAAAUGAAAAAUCUCGUGAUUAAUAACAAGCAUACGCCACGUCUGCCCCACAGUAAUUAUCAUUGUUUAUCAAGCGGCUUGGUCUGCAUUUAAAUCACUUCUUAAUGAAGUGUGCAUCAGGCAGUGGCAGGAUUACUUGCUUGCAACAGUAACAGUAACAGUUCGACUGAACAAUGCAACAAUUUGCCCACCACGACUCACACUUCAAUACACUGCUGCGGCGUCGGUGGCAACUGCAUAAGCAUAAGAGUUAUGCUCAAGGCAAAAACUACUGUACAUGAAACAACUUAAUUAGUUGUUGUUUCAGCAAAAAAGCCAUACCGAACGAGUGAGAUAGCUAUAGAGAGAGAGAGAGAGAGAGAGAGUAGAAGGCAGGCACGCGAAUUUUAAGAAAUAUUUGCUCAUUUUGCUUCAUUAGUGCCAGCGCGAAUGUUUAAGGCCAAGAAGGGCUGCGGCUGCAACAGCCACAGCCUCAGCUGCAACUGCAACACGACCAAACACUGAGCCAAGAGUCGUUCUGCCCCAAAGGCGCCACUUUUGUUUUCACGCGCGCGCUCGUUGCUUUGUUGCUCGGUCUGUGAGUGUGGCUGUGUGUGUACGUGUAUAUGUGUGUAUAAGUGAGUGUGUGUGUGUGUGCAUGCUCUAUAUGUGAGUUAAGUGCGCGUGUGUCUAAAAUUAAAAACUACUGCAACAGAAACGAAUAGCGAAUAACAAAUAACGCAUAACGAAUAGGCGAGCAAAUAAAGACAAGUUGAAAUUUAAAUAUUUAACAGAAUGGAUUUGCUGAAACUCAAGGCUGCGACUAGAACUAGAACGAGUACGCGCUUCCGCACUGCAAGGACUUCCACAAUGCACGUAACAACGGCAGCAGCAACACGAACAGCAACAACAACUUAUCACGGUUGCAGCGCCAUCUGGCAACGCUAUUUGGCGUUAUUCACAUUGCUCGUAGUCGCGGCGCAUAUCAAUAUAACUUCCGGUCAAAUAGAUUGGGACGAUGACGAUGAUCCAGUUUCUACUGUGGCUGUGGAGGCCGUGCUGGGACGCACCGCAUCCUUGCCCUGCGACAUUGAGCCGGAAGCAAAGGACGAUCGUGUCUACAUGGUACUCUGGUUCCGUGAGAGCGCUGGCAAACCACUUUACAGCUUUGAUGUGCGUGGACGACAGUUUGAGAAGGCGCUAUAUUGGUCAGAUACGAACUCAUUUGGGCCACGUGCGUAUUUUGUUACCGGUCAACAGCCAGCGAAAUUAUCUGUGGAAAAUAUACAGCUGGAUGAUGAGGGCGUUUAUCGCUGCCGCGUGGACUUUCAGAACUCGCCAACGCGUAAUCAUAGAAUUAAUUUAACGGUUAUUGUUCCUCCGCAUCAAAUACUCGUGUACGAUGCCUCGGGCCGUGAUGUUGCUGGCGCUGUGGGUCCAUUGCUCGAGGGCGAUAAUAUUGUGUUGACAUGUGAAGUGCGUGGCGGUCGACCGGAGCCCACUGUCACAUGGUUGAAUGGCACAAGGACGCUGGAGGCGGGCAGCGGUGUAUCGAUGGGCCGUCAUGUUACCGUUAAUCGACUGGAGGUGCCACAAAUAACGCGCUCCGCUCUGAACAACACGUAUCGCUGUCAGGCAUCAAACACCAAGCUGGUAGCGCCCGUGGAGCGCAGCAUACGCAUCGAAAUGUUACUGAAGCCAACGUCCGUCAAUUUGACCAACAAGCUGAAGGUGUUCUCAUCGAGCACACAAUAUAAUCUCACAUGCAUUGUGGCCGGCUCGGUGCCCGAUACGGAAAUCAGAUGGACACAAAAUAAUCGACCCUUCAAACGGGGCAUGCUGUCAACGAGCCAAGGCAAUGGACGCGUUUUAUCCACUUUGUCAUUUUAUCCACAACCUGAAGACGAUGGCACAAUGCUCAAAUGCGAGGGUUCAAAUCCUCGACUACAAAACUCAGCCAUCGAGGACUCGCUCUUGCUGAACGUUAUGUAUCCACCACAAGUGACAUUAUCGCUGGGCUCCACGCUGCGACCCGAUGACAUCAAGGAAGGCGAUGACGUUUACUUCGAGUGCCACAUAAAGGCGAAUCCCAAGGAGCAUCGCAUUACAUGGUCGCAUGAUGGCCUGCCAGUCAAUCAGAACGUCUCCUGGGGCAUCAUCAUUUCCACCCGAUCCCUGGUGCUGCAGCGAGUCGGUCGCGUCCAUUCCGGCUACUAUUCCUGCUCGGCGGCCAAUGAUCGCGGCGAGACGCAGAGUGCUCUUGUCAACUUAAGGAUACGCUAUGCGCCCGUUUGCAGCAGCAACGUUGUCGGUGUCAUUGGCGCCUCCUUGGAGGAGGCGGUGCCCAUUCCCUGUCGCGUCAACUCCGAUCCACCGGAAAUCGACUUCGAGUGGACAUUCUCAAGCAGCGGCGAACACUUUGAGGUGCCAUCGGGACAUUAUGCCACCAUACAGGACCCAACCAUGACCACCAGCAGCGAUGUCAGGCGCACUGUUGUGGAAUCCAAUGAUACUCAUUUUGAGAGCUAUGUGGAAACAGUCAGUGAGCUGAUCUAUACUCCCAAGGGGGAGAGGGACUAUGGAACGUUGGCUUGCUGGGGACGCAAUGCGAUUGGCAAACAGUCAGAGCCUUGUCUAUUCCAGGUGGUGCCAGCGGCCAAGCCGGGUGCGCUGCGAAAUUGUACGCUUCGUCCAUAUGUGGUGACGUCCGCAUCGCUGAACUCAUCGAAUCAGACGACAAUGCAUGGCAAUCAAAUGCUGCAAACACAAUACGGCAGACACGAUGCGAAUUAUCCGCACAUGGAAUUUGUACGUGAGCGCAAUGGUAACAACAAUAAGAGCCGGAACAAUGUGCCCGCAUCAGCCGGGGCCAGCAAUAAAAAUAUGAAAGGCAAAAUGAAUGCCGGCCAUGUUAAAUCUAAUAACAAGCAACAGCAACAGCAGCAGCAGCACCAGCAGCAGCAGCAGUCCGAGCAAAGAUAUCACCUGAAUCAACAACAAUUGCAGCAUCUAAAGAAACGUACAUCAUUUACACCCUCGCAGACAUUGGCAGCCAUCGAGCGUCAGCGACAGGCCAAACAACAGCAACAACAGCAACAAAAACAAUUGCCGGCGGGCAAGUCGACUGCCCCGCCCACGUCAAGCGCCUACAUCAAUAACAAAACUGAUGGAUUGCUGGCCAAGUCGAAGUUGCCACAUCCCGAGCAGGACAUUAAACGUCGUCUACGGCGCACUGCAAACGGCCAACUGCUUAAGCCAACAACAGCAGCAGUAGGAGCAACAGCAACGGCAACAGCAACAGCAACAUCAACAAAAAGCAAAAAGCUGCAACAUCAACAGCAACGUGCAACAAAAUCAAAUUUAUCAUUGUCACAUAUAGCGCAGGCUAAAAUAGUUGCCGGCUCCAAUGUCAAAAACAACAACGGCAAACUGCCAGCAAAGUAUUUUAAUAAGCGACAGAAAAACAUGCAGAAACAGCAACAACAACAACAGCAGCAGCAGCAACAGCGGCAACAAAGAGAAAGUAGCGAGGUAAACGAGCACAACAUAAUCCAUCAUUUUGCAACAGCCAAGCGAAGAAAGCGGCAGGCAGCAAAUGACAUUUCAGCAGCAGCAACAGCAGCAGCAGGCACAACAGCAACAACCAAGUCAGCAGCAGCAGCAGCAGCUGUUGGUGAAGCUGAGAAUGAUGCUAGUAGCAGUAGCAACAGUGGCAGCAGCAACAGCAUUGGCGACAUUGACACAAUGCUGGCAACAAUGCGAGCACGCAAAUCUUUGGAGGUGAUUGGCAAUGAGAAAGUCAAGAACAGACUGUUGCCGCCAAAUGCGCCACAAAUUAGCAACAAGCCGGCGGCAGCAGCUCAACAAAUGGCAGCAGCAAUUAGUGGCAACAAUGAGAAGACAGCAGCAGUAGCUGCUGCAGCAGCAGCAGUCGUUGCAGUUGCUGCUCACAAAGAUGUUGUCAAGGCAAACAUUGGCAAAGACAGCGAAACGCCUUUGUCCACAGAUCUGGCAAGGACUGAGCAUGCCGCCAACAACAACAAUAACAAAUUCAACAUGAACAACAACAAUAGCAACGACAACGACAACGAGGACAAUGAUGAGGACAAUGAUGAAGGCGAUGGCGACGGUGACGGCGACGGCGAUGACGAUGACGAUGCUAUUCCUGACGAAGAUGUUGCCGAGCUGCAGACAGACGACGACUACAUGGCAGAUGAGCCCAACGACUUGGCGGACUAUGAAACAGAUGAGGCGCCACAAAAUCAACAGCAACAAAAACAGCGGCAACGACAGCAUGUUGAUAUUUCAUCCCUUGAGCAUCAACUGGGCCUGGAAUCAUUAGAGGAUGAUGAGGCGGAUAGUGAUGCGGAUGCGGAUGCGGAUGCCGAUGCCGAUGAUGAUAUCUACAAUGUCAGCGAUGAUGAUUUUGUUGCCAGCGUGGCACUGUCUACCGCAGAGACAACAACCCAAUCACAACAGCAACAGCAACAAUUGCAUACAGAGCCAACAGCUCUGCCAGCUGAAUGGCAGCAACCUCAUUUCGAUUACUCACGCAUGGAGUACAGUUUUAGCAACGGCGUCGUGACCCAAAGUCUAAUCGGAGGUGGUACAAAUGGGUACGAUGGCAACGCAAUUGCUGGUGCUGGUGCUGGUGGCACCAUCAAUUUUGACAACUAUGACAACAUAAUAUACUCCACCAUGGAGCUGGAGUGUAUGCCCGGCUAUGAUGGUGGUCUCCAGCAGCAGUUCUAUCUGGAGGCCUAUGAUUCGAAGACCAAAAAGCUACGACUUAACAUGAGCAGCACCUAUGUGGAUGUGCCAGUUUUUCGCAUCGAUCUGUCUGAUCUGACGCCUAUGGAUUACUAUCCGGAUGCACAUCCAGCGUUGCAUUUGGUCGUCUACAGCGUUAACCAGAAAGGACGCUCCGAGCCGAUAGUUCUGGAGAAUGUGCCCAUCAAUGAGGCGGACAAGCGUUCAGAUGGUCGCAUUGGUCUAUCGAUAUUGCCGCUGGCCGCUUUGUUAACCGGAACACUCUUCACCGUGGGCAUUGCCGUGUUGUUUGUGGUUGUUAUUGCGGUGCGACGGCGUCGCUGCCAGGGAGCCCGCAAUUUGUGCGAUGAUAAGGACAAGCAUUUGGGCAUGGAUGUGACGGUGACAGCACCGCUGGAAACGGGCGCCGGGCAUCAGCGGCUCGUUGUGGCUUACACACUGAAGCAGGGCAUUGAAAAGCAGCCGGACAUAUUGAGCGCACAGAAAAGCGCAACUGGCAGUGACACAUCGUCACCGCUGGGAAAUCGACAGAGUGGUUUAUUUAUGGGCGGCAGCACAGCGGCCGCGCCCAGCAGCGUUGCGAAUCAUAAAACUGCGGAUUAUGACGUGAAUGCGCCGCACCUGAAUAGCCCGCCCUCGCAGUCCAGCACACUGAAACUGGAAAGUGACCAUGUGGCCAAAAGUUAUCAGCCGCCGGCGGCAUCACAACCGCUGCUCUACGAUGCAAUGCCAACGCUCAGCAGUCGGUACGAGCAGCUCGGCCUCAACAUGGGCAGCUACACUGGAGCCGGCGGCGGAAGCGGAGGCGGAGGAGCUGGUGGUGCUGGCAGCAAUAGUACAUUGAGCUCGGCCAGCAGCGUGGCAAAUUCGGCGAGUAAUGCGCUCAGCAAUGGGGGCAGCCACUAUGCACAACAUUUGCAUCACACGCUGCCGCAUGGUGUGGCACAACAACCGUCGGGUAGUCUGCCCCGCGGUCGGGAUCCGCUGACAUUAGCCGAUUAUCUGACCACCAGCAGCCUGAUUGACUAUAAUCUGAGCAAGGCAGCGGCGUCACUGCCAACGCACAUGACCCUGCCCAAGAGCAUGGGACUUGGCAGCGCAAAUCUGUCGCCGUCGCAGCUGACGACGAUCACACAGAAAUCGAAUGCUGGACGCAAUCACAUCAUCACCGACACACUGCCCGGCCCGGAGAGCUGCGUCUAAAGCAUCCAUUAUCGGCAAAAUUCCUUAGCAUAAUCCAACAAAAAAGAAAAAAGAAAGAAAAUAAAAACAAAAGACUGGCGCACAUCGGAAACAGUUAAAGAAACAGAAAACAGUUAAGAGCAUAAGAAUCGGUAGUUGAAAGUGAAAAUGAAAUACGUAGAUCUUAACUAAUCAGAACUACAAAAACUAUUCGUAACUAGCAGAAGGUCCUGCGACGUUAUCUCUCUCUAAGCAUUCAAUUCUUAUUGUUAGACUUAAGGAUUACAAAAAAAAAAAAAAAAAAUGGAAAACAAAAUUGGAGUAGUUCUUAAACUUAGUCCAUGGAUGUGUAUUUGUGUAUGCAUGUGUGUCCGUUUGUUUGUAAAUGUUAGUGUAAAUGUAUUUCUAGACUUGUAAACCACAUAUACAUUCCCAUAAUUAUAUAGUAUACAGGAUAUAGCGUGCUAUAUAAAGACUUGCAUUGUCAGCAUCAAGUAUGACUAUUCGACUUAUUCAAAAUGAUUACUGCAAAAUUAUAAUAUUGAUAUACAGCAGUUAUCCCCUCUACACAUGCAUAUCUCAGUUAUUUGAAAAUCCCAGUUUUCCACUUAUACCAACUACUUAUCGGUUCUUCGCAGGUAUUUUAAACUCAACAACUGAAUCACAGUGUCUCAAAAUAUUCAUACUUAAUGCUGAAAGCAGGGACUCAACUAUAAACCGUCUUGUUAAAUUGCUGUGUACUUCCAAAAUCAAAUACUCGACAAAAAAAAGUGUUGUCAAAUCAGUUUUUCUCCUCAUUUUUCGAUUUCGAAACAAACAAAAAACAUAUCCUUUUUCUGUCUAACCGAGCCUUUACCGUAACUAAACCGCAGCUAUUUGAACUGCCUGCCCAAGAUCAAAGCCAAAAGCAUUUCACAUUGGGCCAGCCCAAGGGACAAAGUUAUAUUGGACACGUCUUGCGCCAUGUCCCGUGCCCAGAAUGAGAGAGUGAGAGAGUAUGGAAGAAAGAGAGAGAGAGAGAGACAG